CCGAGAAAGGGAAAAGAAAAACAUUCCAAUCGAGGCGUGAUAUUUCCGGGUCCUAUGACUUAUCAGGUGGUUGUACGGUGGGAGGAGAAGGGUACGCUUUCCCUUCGAAUAAUUUGCUUUACACGAAACGUGAAGCUUUCGUACCCAAACCCAAGAACACUUCUCCAAACUGUCUGAGGGAGAAGAGGGGAAGUGGUACUCGAGAGUUGCCAAAACUUGCCUUUCUUAUAACUGACAUUUGAAGUGUGGCAUUAACUGGCAGCAUGGCAGGCGGGUCCGUGUCGGAGUGUAAAGAGUACUUGUUUAAAGUUUUGGUUAUCGGGGAAUUGGGUGUCGGAAAGACGAGCAUCAUCAAGCGAUACGUGCAUCAGCUUUUCUCGCAACACUACAGAGCGACCAUAGGCGUGGAUUUUGCGCUCAAAGUCAUCAACUGGGACAGCACAACACUAGUGCGGUUACAGCUGUGGGACAUAGCAGGUCAAGAACGGUUUGGGAAUAUGACCAGAGUUUACUAUAAGGAGGCAGUGGGUGCAUUUGUUGUUUUUGACAUUACUCGAGGCUCUACGUUUGAGGCUGUAUCAAAGUGGAAGCAUGACCUGGAUAGCAAAGUGAAACUGGCCAAUGGUAAUCCUAUCCCUUCUGUACUUCUGGCCAAUAAAUGUGACCAGAAGAAUGAUGGAUCCAACAAUUCUUCCCUUAUGGACAACUUCUGCAAGGAGGCUGGAUUUUUGGGCUGGUUUGAAACAUCAGCUAAGGAGAACGUAAACGUUGAUGAGGCUGCUCGAUUCUUGGUGGAGAACAUCCUUCUGAAUGAUAAAGGCCUUCCAUAUGAGGAAAACAAUGGUGACAGAAUUAAACUGGACCAACAAACAGUGCCUGCUGAGAGCAAGUCAGGCUGCUGCUAGCGUGGAUGCACUUGUCUGUCCCAUCACCCUACGUGGAUAGGAGGCCAGGGACCAAGCACAACAAAUCCCCCCAACCCGCAACACCACCCCACCCUGCAUCUUAAUCUUAAACCCACAAGAGAUAAACACUGCCACAGACACAUACAUGGGAGGAGGCAGACUUGUAAGUUUGUGCUCCAGAAGGAGAGAACAUGUCACUGCCAAAGGACAAAUGAUUAGAAGAAAACAUCUCAUAAAGAGAAAAAUUACCAAUAGUCUCAUAAUGAGCUGUAUGUAGCAAGGUGUUUAUGGUGUCCAGCAGGCUACAUUCAUGUUUGCAUGUUGUAAUAUUGCUCAUAUUGAAAUAAUCAAUAUGGGUGUCAUAACGGGCAAAUGCCAGUAAAAGUUCUCUAUGCAAAGCUGAAAUUAAAUUAAACUAAUGUAUUCAUCACAGAAGGUGAGUCAGUUUAAUGUAGUCUGGCCUAAGAUAUUUGCUUCUACUUCUGAGGAUAUCCACCCUACGUUUUGCAGGAAAAGUAGCAAAUUAGGGUUAGGGUGCAUAUUAUCAGGGUAUUUUAGUAAAUGUAUACUAGGAAGGAAGAUCCCUCUGUCAUCAAUCUUAAAGCUCUUAACACAAAAAGAUGUUAUAAAAAGAAGAAUGUCAAAAACACAAGAAUAUCAGUUGUCUUCUAUUAAGAGGACUGUAGAGUCAUGAGCAUUAAUUUGCAUAUGUGGUUCAGAGAGAGUGAGAGCAUAUUUCGUUUCCUCAGGCUCAUGUACAUGCUAACGUUCAAACAUGUAUUUUUUUAUUGUUUUUAAUUGAUACUAAGUAAGGGUUCUGGACAUCUGCUCAUUCCAUGCCUUUAUUCUACAUUGAGCUUGAUGCAAAUAUACCCUUAUUUCAUUUUAAAAUGCUGGAAUUUGUUGAGUUUAUAAACAAAGGUUUGUUGUAACCGUGAUAAGAAAUAAAAACUU